AUGUUUCAAACGAAAAUAAAAAAAAAAAUUUUCGUCAAGUUCACGUUGUUAACUGAAAAUAAUGAAGUAAUUGAUGGUUGGGUUUUUAGUGGUGUACCUGGUAUUCUGUCAACACCACUUGGUUUAGCUUUGAGCAAUUCAUUAAAAAAUAAAACUAUUAUAAAGUUAUGGGGAUCACUUGAAAACAAUAAUAAUACAUCAACUUUUUGUAUGCAAUCAUGGUCAAAACAUCAGUUGAUGAAUCUUAAUUUUUAUCUUCAAGGGUCUUUAAAUAAUAUUACAUCUGUAAGAAAUGCAUUAGCAAGUAAUGAAUCAAAUACAAUACGUAUAUCAAUCAUUGAUAUUCGUCCAUCAGAAAACUUUACAAGUCAAGGAAUAAUACGUACAUCAACAUUUAUAUUAGUUGGGGAUGAAACGGGUACAUGUUAUUUAUUAGCAAUUAAUUUAAUUACCAACUGA